UUUCCUCAUUUUAGCAUAGUGAUCGAUUAUUAUUUAUUUAGAAAAAAAGUACAAUUACACAAUAUCUUUUUUGUUUAUAAUCAUUCCCCUGACACUUACCUGCAGAAAUAUUGUGGGAAAAAAGAAGGUUGAGCUGUAACCAAAUUCGGGGGACAUUUGCUUUUAAAAGCAGCAUAAGUUUCCUAAAACAAGAAACCAAUAGAGAGUCGGUCCCCCCCCCACCCCUUAUACUCACUCUCUCGCUGUUGCACUCUAUUAGUCCAUCUGUAAAUAUAUGUCACAUUGUUGUCCGACGGUUGAUAUAUUCCAGUGAUAGCCAUAAUCUCUCUAUCGCGGAUAUAAAAACUCCCUUAUAUGCAGUUCAAGCAUUUUUAUCUUUUCUUCUUUAUAAUCUACAAUCAUGUCUCCUCCUCAAGAACCUCUUUCACUUGAAUCCUAUCAGCCUAUCCAGUCCUCUCCUAUGGAUGACUUUAAGCUUAAUGACCUCAUCAAAUCCAUUCAUGGCGUAUUGGGUGAUGACGGUUUGGAUGCUGAACAUAUUGAUGCUCAAAAAAUUAUUGAGUUGAUGGAACGUUAUAGCUCUAAUUCUGUUGACUGGAAUAAAUACACGUUGUUCGAUCAUUCAAGGGCAUAUACUCGUAAUCUUGUUGAUGAUGGAAAUGGAAAGUUUAAUUUAAUGAUUUUAGCCUGGAGCAAAGGUCAACAAAGUCCAAUCCAUGAUCAUUCUGGGUCACAUUGUGUCAUGAAAAUAUUAGAUGGGGAAUUGCAAGAAACGCAAUAUCAUUGGCCAUCAUCUGCAGAUACCGACUCUGUUGAAACAGUCGGCGAUAUCACCGACGCUUCGGCUUCUUCAUCGUCAACGACACAUCAAGGCAAACCAUUGGCUGUAUCAAAUAACACUGUGUAUCACCCUAAUCAGGUCACCUACGUACAUGAUAACAUUGGUUUGCAUCGUAUAUCCAAUCCAAGUCAACAUACUGGUGCUGUGUCUCUUCACUUAUAUACGCCUCCAUACAAAAUGUGCAAAACAUUUGAGGAAAAGACCGGUAGAGCAAGAAGUAGUGGUAUCUGUUCGUUUUAUUCCGUCGGAGGAAACCGUAUUCAGGAAGAUAACAAGUAAAUAAUAAUAAAAAGCGUAAAAUUAAAAAAAAAAUGAAGUAAAGAGAGUCGAAUAAGAAAAGUAAAAAGAAAAUAA